GUUGUAGUCAUAAUUUUACAGGUUAUAGUGAAUUAUAUUGAAGAUGAAAACCAGAGAAUAUUUAUUGUUCCAUAUUAAUUUUUUUUUGUUAAAUUAUGGAUUAAGUUUAAAUUUUUUGGAGGUGUGUAAAUUGUCUUUUGCAAGUAUUUUAGAUUGUUCUGAGAAACAACUUAGCGAAGUGCCACACAACUUUCCGAUCGAAUUGUAUGCGGAUAUUAAGGAGAUAAAUCUAAGUAAUAACCUUAUAUCUUCUGUCGAUGAAUUUUGUUUUUCCAAAUUUAUUAACUUGGAGGUCAUAAAACUGAUCGGAAACAAAUUAGACGAGGAAAAAGUACACAAACAGGCAUUCAGUGGAUUAAGGAAGCUUCGUAGCCUUUAUUUUGACAAUAACAACUUUAAGUCAAUUCCAAAUCAUUUUAUUUUCUUCAAAAAAAGCGUAGGAAGACUAGAAAUGAAUGGAAAUAAAUUAACUUAUAUUAACAAGAUGUCUUUAGGCAGCUUUUCGUAUUUAAGAAAACUUGGUUUACAAAAUAACAAUAUUAUUGUUAUUGAAGACGGUUCUUUUGAUAAUUUACGAAAGACAUUGAUCGAAUUAGAUUUGCGUGGUAAUAAACUGUUAUAUUUUCCAAAAACUUUGCUGGUUCUUCAUAAUCUUCAUCAUCUAGAUAUUAGAGACAAUUAUUUACAGAAUUUAGGCAGAUACCAAUUCUCGGGAAUGAGUAGUUUAAAAGAACUGCAUAUUUUUUACGAAGAUGGUAUCUAUAACAACGAUGGUAUCUAUAAUAAAUCUUUAAGUAUGAUUAAAGUUGACAAAAAUGCUUUCAGCAAUAUGCCCGCUUUACAAACUCUUUUUCUUCAUUAUCCAAAUUGUAUUCUUGACGAAUUCCCUCAAUUAGAAGGAAGUUACAACAUUUCUCGACUAAGUAUUCAAAAUAUCAAAAACUUGCAAAUUCCUUUAAAUUUUUGUGACAAAAUGAAACAACUAAAUUCAAUUUACGUAUAUAAUUGUACAAUGGAGAACUUUCCUUCGCUUAACAAAUGCUUUUCUCUUCAAAUAAUAGACUUCGUAGGCAACAGUAUUAAACAUAUCACAAACACCGCAUUUAGUGGCCUUCCAUUAAUUGAACGUAUCGAGAUUUUAGAACAGAACUAUGGGACAUUAUCAAUAAACCUGAACGCUUUUAGUGAAUUACCAUCACUCAAAGAACUAGAAAUAUCUGACUUUGAACUUGAGAAUUUUCCUAAUCUCAAAGGAACAAACUCGUUAGAACUAUUAAGCCUAAAAUCCUGUAAAAUAAAAUCGGUUCCAAACGACUUUUGCAGCAAUAUGAAAAAUUUAAAAAUAGCUGAUUUUUCCGGAAAUAUUAUAGGAGCAAUACCAAGUUUUUCUAAUUGUAUAAGUUUAAAAGCAUUACAUCUUACAAAUAACCAAAUAACUUCUGUUGGAACGCAAUUUCAAAGUGUAAUUACACUUGAAACCAUUAAUCUUAAUGAUAAUCAUAUAUCAGUAAUUAAAGAAGAUGCAUUUAAGGCAAGCAGAGAACUCAAAGAAAUUCAUCUUUCUCAUAAUCUCAUAUCAAACAUUAAUGAUAAUAUAUUUGAAGAUAUAAAAAGCUUGGGAUAUAUAGAUUUAUCAUUUAACAAUUUGUUAAAAAUACCCUCGAAAGGAUUAAAAUCUUUAUACUCUAUAAAGGUUUCUGGCAACAAAGGUUUGAUACAUUUCCUUAAAAAAGAAGAAUUACCAAACACUUUGCAGUUAGACCUUGUUUAUCCUUACCACUGCUGUUUCUUUGAAAAUAAACUUCAAAAACAUAAAACUCAAAUGGUUUCUUCAACUCAAAACAGCGUAGUAGAAGAGCUUCAAAAUCAUAACAAUGACACAAAAUUAAUUUUUCGUGACGCGGUUGAUUUACAUCCUUCAAUGCUAAUAAAACCUCAUUGUUUUCCAUCUCCAAAUGACUUCUAUCCAUGCGAAGACCUUUUUGGUAAAAACUGGUUACGUGUUUGCGUAUGGUUUGUAUUUUUAAUGGCUUUUUUUGGAAAUAUUAGCGUAAUUACUGUGUUGUUAAUAAACUUUACAAGGCUUGAUAUUCCGCUAUACCUUGUUUUAAACUUAGCACUAGCUGAUUUAUUUCUUGCAAUUUAUGUAGGUUUUCUUGCAUUUGUAGACGUCAUUACGUUAGGAGAUUUUCGCUCUCACGCGUUAGAGUGGCAGCUUAGUGCAAAAUGUAAUAUAGCUGGUUUUUUAGCCACAUUUUCCAGCAAACUUUCAGUUUUUACAUUAGUUGUUAUAACAAUAGAGCGAUUUACAACAGUAAAAUAUUCUAUGUAUUACGAAAAGCGCAUGACAAAGAGACAGACUACAGUUAUUCUACUGUGCGGUUGGGUAUUUUCAAUUAGUCUUGCCCUGCUGCCUCUUUUUCAGUUUGACGAUAUAAGGUUUAAUGAUUAUACAAAGUAUAGUGUCUGUCUGCCAUUUGAAACUAAAACUUUACUUUCUAAAGGAUACGUUAUAUUUUUAAUAUCUUUUGACGUUGUUGCAUUUUUUGUGAUUUUAUUUUGCUAUAUAAAGAUAUACUUUUAUAUUCAAGAUUCAAGCGCUUGGAACUCUAGAGAUUCGCGCGCUACGAGAAGAAUGGCACUACUCGUUACAGCUGAUUUCACAUGUUGGUUUCCUAUAGCGUUAUUCGCAAUAAUAUCUAUUAUAAAGAAACCAUAUGUUUCUAACUUGUGGUUUUUAAAAGUGCUAACAGUAUUUGUUUUUCCAAUCAAUGCUUGUACAAAUCCUUUUAUGUAUGCAUUACUAACAAAAAAAUUUAGAAAAGAAAUGAAAAUAGCUAUGCAAAAAAUAAAAAACUAUUCACCCCAGUAUAAAAAAGAGCGUGCUUUGUCUACACGAAUGUCAGGGGUGUUUACAUCAAUUGGUCUACCGUUGUCUGCGCGUCGCGGUUCUUCGUUUUCUUUUAUUAAUUCAAGUCGUAAUUCUGGAAGAAAUGAUGAUCUUAAAAUAAUGACCCAGGGACUGAAAAUAUUGCAAAAAGAAACUGAAUAUUGUUCUGAAAAUUGAUUUUCUUGUAUUAUUUAUAAAAAACAUUUUUGUGUAAAAGAAUUUAAAGGAAAAGUUUUUUUUUAUAUUAA